GAGUCGGGUGGACGGACUGAGUGUGGCGGCUGGGCUGAUUGUGUGAGGCGAGGAGCAAGAAUAGGGAUGGGGAGUAGCGAGGCCCCGAACGCCGAACUGAUGCAGGAUUACGCGGGCGGCUGCUCGGACGGGGCCGGGGUCCCGCGGUUCGGAUGGAGGAUCUGCCUGGCCCAUCAGUUCAGGGAACAGAGGAAACCGUUCGAGGCCAGAGAUGUCUCCCUGGCUCAUAUGAUCGGCCACCUGGGCCUGGGGAUCCGUUAUUUGAAAUGGUGGUACAGAAAAACUCGAAUAGAGAAGAAGGCACCUUUUAUUGACUCAUUCAAUUCCAUUCCAUUGCGUCAGAUUUAUGGGGCACCACUAGGUGGGUUUGGAGGAGGUACCAUUACAAGGGGGUGGCGAGGGGAAUUCUGCAGGUGGCAGCUAAACCCAGGAAUGUACACUUAUGACAUUGUGAUUGAGAACCAGUUUACUGUCUGCUUAAGAAAGAAUGGACAGACUAUAUAUCAACAAGUGCUUUCUGUUGAGAGACCUCACAAGCUCCAGAGUUGGAAUUGGGGAUACUGUGGAGAGUUUGCUUUUUACCAUGCCCUAUAUCCACGUGCUUGGACCGUUUACAAACUUCCUGGACAAAAUGUAACUCUGACAUGUCGGCAGAUAUCUCCCAUUAUUCCUCACAAUUAUAUGGACACUAGUCUGCCAGUUGGGGUCUUUGUAUGGGAAAUUGAAAACCAAAAUGAAGAUGACCUAGAGGUUUCGCUCAUGUUUACUCUGAGGAAUGGUUCUGGAACCAAGGAUGAUCAGAAAGGGGGGCACUGGAAUGAACCAUUUCAUUUGGAUAAAGAAGGGGAGCACAUUUCGGGAGUGUUAUUGCAUCACUCUGUCAGUGUAAAUAGUUAUACCAUGGCAAUUUCAGCCCGGCGUAAGCAAGGUUUAGAAAUUAGUCACCAGACUGAAUUUAAUCCAAAUGGCCUGGGACAAGAAAUCUGGGAAGAUCUGUUUCAAGAUGGGAAAUUGGAGUCUCUACCAGGAAGAGGUAAACAGACAGAGAAAGGGCAGAUCACUGCAGCAGCUGUUGCAGCUACCUGCAUUGUUCCGACAAAAAAACAAAAUGUUGUUGAGUUCUGUCUUGCGUGGGACAUGCCUAAAAUCUAUUUUGGAUCAAGGGAAAAGGAGCAUGCAAGGUGGUACACGCGUUUUUUUGGGAUGAGUGGAGAAGCUGCUCCUGCUAUGAGUCACUACUCCUUAACACAUUACAAACAUUGGGAACAAAAAAUUGAUGAUUGGCAGCGUCCAAUUUUAGAAAAUGGCCAAUUACCUGACUGGUACAAGUCAGCCUUAUUUAAUGAACUGUACUUCAUAUCUGACGGAGGGACAAUUUGGCUUCAAGUGACUGAUGAUUUAAAUAUAACAAAUGGCUUGAUUAUUCAGGACGGGCUUCCACCUCUACCUAAAGUGCUGAAGGAGUAUGGACGGUUUGCAUAUUUAGAAGGACAGGAGUAUCGAAUGUACAAUACAUAUGAUGUUCAUUUUUAUGCAUCAUUUGCAUUAAUUAUGCUAUGGCCCAAACUGGAACUUAGUCUGCAGUAUGAUAUUGCUGCUGCUGUAUUGAAGGAGGACAAUACACAGCGUAUACACCUGAUGAAUGGUAGAUUGGCAAAAGUGAAUACAGCAAAUGUAGUCCCACAUGAUAUUGGAGACCCAGAUGAUGAGCCAUGGGAAAGAGUCAAUGCUUAUUUGAUUCAUGAUACAGCUGACUGGAAAGAUCUCAACUUGAAAUUUGUUCUACAAGUUUAUAGAGACUACUAUCUGACUGAUGAUAUCAUGUACCUUAAAGACAUGUGGUCUGUCUGCCAGGCUGUCAUGGAGUCUGAACUGAAGUUUGAUACUGAUGGAGAUGGACUUAUUGAAAACUCUGGCUAUGCAGACCAGACCUAUGAUGGAUGGGCUGUAACUGGACCUAGUGCCUACUGUGGAGGGCUCUGGUUAGCAUCUGUGUGUGUUAUGUGCAAGAUGGCUGAGAUUCUGAAAAUUGAUGAAGAAUACAAAAAAUACAAAGACAUACUAGAAAGAGGAAAAGAAGCAUUUGAGAGGAUAUUAUGGAAUGGAAAAUACUACAAUUAUGAUAGUAGUAAGAAGUGCUACUCAAACAGCGUGAUGUCAGACCAGUGUGCCGGACAGUGGUUUGUAAGAGCAUGUGGCCUUGGAGAAGGUGAAUACGAGGUAUUUCCAAAAGCUCAUAUAUUAUGUGCACUGAAGACCAUCUUCGACUUGAAUGUAAUGAGUUUUGCCAAUGGGACUAUGGGAGCAGUAAAUGGAAUGAGACCCGAUGGUACAAUAGACACAUCCAGUGUCCAAUCAGAUGAGGUUUGGAUUGGGGUCGUCUAUGGUCUGGCAGCCACUAUGAUACAAGAGGGACUUGUUGAUGAAGGUUUCAAGACUGCAGAGGGUACGUACAGGACAGUAUGGGAACGACUCGGCAUGGCUUUUCAGACGCCUGAAGCCUAUUGCAAAAAGAAUAUUUAUCGUUCUCUGGCAUACAUGAGACCUCUGAGCAUUUGGAGUAUGCAACUCGCUCUGGACAAAAUGCAUGACCAACUCAACUUGUCUGACUCUUCCAUAUAAAUGAGGAUGAGCUAGCUUCAAAUUUGAAUUACUUUCUUCAUUCAGUAAUACACCCUCAAACCCAACUUCAAAUACAAGUUUGUCUAUUUUCCAACGAUAUCAAUACUUAAUUGUUUUAUGACAUGUUUGUUGAUGUUUAACAAUGUGCAUUCCUUUUGAGUGAAUAAUUAUAAGAAUAUUCCACCGUAACAAUUCAGUGAAGAGGAGGAAGAGAGUGAUGUCAAUUAUGUCAAAUGAUGCCUUUAAAGAAUUGAAUCAAUUACAAACACCUCAUUAGUACUUUCUUCACAAUAAAGCCCUGGUAUAUGUAGUAGAGUGAAAUAACUGAACUGCAAAUAGUAGUUGUAACAAAGAGAAGCUGACAAAGUUUCAGAUCCACAUGAGCAUCUCAAAUUUGUUGUGUUGACUUUGCAAUGCAAGACUGAAAGAUAAUCUUUUGGGCAGCCCUGCUAUUUGUUAGUUAGAACAGAGUACUUAUUUUUAUUUUUUGAAUGUUGAAACAGAAACAUUGAGACCUUUUCAGGCAUAUGGUAACUGAUACUGUAGAAUGUCAGGUUAAUGCUCCAUUUUGGAUUACUUUCAAACUAUGAAAUACCAAUGAUUACUGGCUCAGACAUUCAAUCAAUAAAUACUUUUUCUAAUAUUUUUAAACCAGAAUUUAUAUUUCAGUUCCUGAAAGAUUUGCUUUAUUAAGUUACAGCAUUGUCUAAAUUGAAAUAUUUAAAAUUUAUGAAUAUGACUGAUCAUUAAAUUGCAUCUUUGCACUUUUAUAUCUACAAUCAAUUACAAUCAGUUAGAAAAUCAGUGCAAUUUUACAAAUGAUUGUGAAAAUGUUGAUUUAAAAUGUUUCUUGGACACAUCAAAUUUUUCUGGGUUUAACUUACUUUUGAAAUAAGGUUUAAAUAAAGCACUAAUAUUGUAUUGAAUUUUUGUUUUAGGAAUGCCUACUUUUGUGUAUAGAAUAGAUUUUUGACACUAAAACUGACCCUCAGGUUAUUUAAAUCCACGUGUAAAAGAAUAAAUUGUACAUUUUGUGUAUAAAUGAAUUGUUUUUAGUAGGACUUUUUCUUAUACUUGUCAGUGCACUCAAAUACAUCAUUCAAAGUGAGAGCACAAAUGUUGGAUUUAUUUACUGUGAUGAAUAAAAAUUAUCAACUUCACUUUGUUUAAAUCAAGCCAAACUACCAGUGUACCAAAUAAUCACUUAUUUUGUGCAAACCAAUGGCCAUUUGGAGGAGAAAGAGGAAUUGUAGAAAGUGGAGUAAAAUGCUAGAGACUAACCUUAUCUAACUCCACUGAUGUGGGUAAAAGAUUUACCUUCAAAGACCAAUAACUAUGGUAUACGGAAAAGCUGAAAUUCUAAAGACUUGAAGUUUAAAAAAAUGCAGAAAUUAUACAGCCAGCCACUGGAAAUAGGAUUUUUUUUGGUUAUUGCCCUGACUUGUUUCAUUUUAGCGUUCUUUCUGAAAACCAAGUCUUUAAUGUGUUGACAUUUAAUACCAUAGAGACUAAAAAGUUCACUAAAACUUGAUCAUGUUUCACAUACAUUUGUUUGUUUUGAUCAUGUCUCAGAUUUGUUUUCUAAAUCUCAGUGUGCAUGUAUUGUCUUACACCUACCUAAUGGGUUAUUUCAUUUUUAUUUUGAAUAUAUUCUAAGUGGCCAUUUCCUAUCCUCCAUUGCAUUUAUUUUUACAUUAGGACUUGAUUUGUUUAGCAUAUCUCAGGUGACCAAGGUGGACAAAGUGAAAAGGCAAAAUAGUAAAUAAGGAAAAAUACUGCAUGUGUGCUUAGUUCUUUUUUUCUGAUGGGAAACAAUAUACAAAAUGGGACCUUAUUGAAAUUUUCUGAAAGACAAAUUGAACUGGAAUUUUUUAUUCGUUCUCGGGAUAUAAUUAUCACUGGCAAGGUUGGCAUUAAUUGUUCAUUUUUAGUUGCUUUGAGAAGGUGGAGGUGGGCCACUUUCUUGAAUCAUUGCAGUCAGUGCUGGAUAGGCUGUGUUUGCUGUUACCACCUUUUUUUAUAAUCACCCACAAGAACAAAUAUGGUUGGUUCACCCACAAGAAGGAAAACAAUGAAUGUUGCGUCCAACUUGAAAGUCAUUCCUCACUGAAAUAGGUGAGCAGAUCACUUUAACCAAAUAAACAUUUGAUAGCAUAUUAGAAACCGUAUGCAAUAAAUUGAAAGGCAAAACUGAAGACUGCAAUGGAGAUCUAGCGGCAAAAUACCCGUUAGUGUGUGAAGAGGGUGGGGUUAGUCUACUAACUACCACCCAUUUUGAGCUUUUGCUGGAGUUGAAUUUCACUCUUGAUCCCCUUGUGUCUGGAUCAUUAUUGGUUUUUUGCUAAUAUGUUUAACUUGAAGACAGUGAAUUUAUUUUCAUUUAUGUACUUACUUUAUCUGUGUUGCUGACAUUUCAACUUUAAAAAUUCUGUUUUCAAAAUGCACCAAGUGGAGUGGAAAUAAAAAAAAAGGUGCCUGACUUCCAAUUGUAAGCUUUUUAACCAGUGAUCCAUCUGUUAUUUUUGGGGAACAAAAAUGCAACCAUACAUAAAAAUGCAUUAGAACAUGGGAACAGGAAUCGGUCAUUCAGCUCAAGCCUGUUUGACCAUUCAGUUAGAUAAUGGCUGAUCUGUGACUCCAUUUACUUUGACUCCAUAUCCCUUAAUACACUUUCCUAAUACACAUCUGUCAAUCUCAGCUUUGAAAUUUUCAAAUGAUUUUGCCUCAACAGCUUUUUUAGGGAGAAUUCUAGAUUUCAAAGAACUGAAGUUAUCUUUUUAGCGGAGAUGGCAAGUGACAAAAAAGACAUUUAAAAAUAAAAAAAAAAUUAACGCCCUUUAGAUCAGCAUCAAAAAGAAGCUGAUCUAAAAAUCAUCCACUUGGGAUGAUGUUGUAAGUCAGUUUCCCGCAAUUGAUUGAGAAUAACCAUUUGAAUUAUACAAUUUUUUUUUACUUUACUAAAUGUUUUCUCCACAAGCUGUACUGUAAGAUGAAGUGGAGACUGGAGUAGCCUCCCCUUAUUGAUUUUUAAGACCAUUAAAUAUGAAGUGGAUGAGGUAUUUAUGCCAAGUGCACUCUGAAAUUAGGGAGCAGCUAGUGAAAAUUCCUUAUUUCUUCUUUCAUUUCCUCCCAACCCCACUAAAGCAGUGGCAGUCUACACCUAAUGGAUUUUAUGCAGUUACUAUUCAUCUAAAGUACUGCUUGGAUUAAACCUUGAACAUUUGCUAAGUUAAAGUGGUUAAUUUUUUUUUAAAUUUAAGUUUUGAUGCAAAGACAUGUUUGGUUAAUUGCCACAAUUGUAUGUAAUCGCUGAACAAUCAACAAUAAGGACCUAUGUAGUUACUAUAAUACCUAAAAUGCUUCACUGGGGAUAACAUACAUAUUUCACUAUGAUAUUACAUACAAAGAUAAAUUACAGUGGACUGUUUGCAUGAUCUAUAGCCAAAUGUUUAUUAUAAAGUAAAUUAUAAAGAUUCUUCUAGGUUCUUGAGGUUUGGUACUUUUUAGCAUGUAAAGUAAUUCACGCUUCACUAGAACAGUAAUUGGUAUUUGUAAAAGUAGGGUUGCACUUGUUAGUGUUUUGCUUUAAUUGUAAAUUUUCAGGUUGUGUGUAUAAGAAAUUAAAAUACAACUGAGAAACUU